UGAAAAUGGAAAAAGCCUCUGUGAGUCCUAAGAAAAAUUGCAAGUCUUGCUCACACAAAAAAGCUAAAGGCAAAUGAGCUAAGAAGAAAGCUUGCACUAAGAGUAGGAAAGUCUGCUCUCAAGCUGUGAAGAGAAGAAAGGAAGGAAUUUUGAGCACAGAAUAUGUCCUGGAGUUCCCUCAGAUCAAAAGAGAUAGGAAAAGCUUUAGGUUUAAGACUAAGCUAAGACAGAUGUUUGUGGAUACUGUGAAAAAGUAUGUUGGAGUGCCCUAUGCGAAAAGGAAGUAUAAGCCAGAUGAGAAUGAGUAUUAUUAUCCGAUAUAUUUGGAUUGCCGAGGACUGAUUAGAAGAGCCAUGUACGAUCUGAAGGAGCUCUUUGGCUUUGAGAUUGGCGGGGGAAAUCAAGGAUAUCAAGUCGAUACUCUUCCAAUUGAUUUGAAACAAUAUGAGAUGAAACCAGGAGAUUUGGUAUUUUACUCAGGGAUUUAUACUACCUCAAAGAAAAAACCUCGGAGGCAUAAUAUGACACAUGUAGAGAUGUUUACAGGAGGAGAGACUGGAACUCAAUCAAUUGGUGCUAGAGGUAACAAGAAAAUUGUGAAUUACUAUGAUUCUUUCAAGUUUGUUUCAAGUUUUUACCAUGAUAUAAAAUGGCACUACAAGUCUAUUGACACAUGGCUUGAAGGGAACUGCAAGAUUGUGUGUCCAGUUCAUAAAAAGAAAGGACAUAAAAAGGGAGAAGCUAAGCCAAUCACUUGAAAGACAUCUCUUUUAAAGCAGAAAAAAUCCAAGGAGAAACAAACCAAUCUUGAAAAUUUCAGAAAAGAUGAAGAUGUUGAUUUUGGUGCUUAUACUGCUUUUACAGACAAAUUCUAUUCUUUCCCGGCAUUUCGAGAAAUCAUGGAUUGGCUCAGUAUUGAGAUCCUUCCUUCAAAGACAGCAGAUCUAGAUCAGUGGAACGACGAAGCAAGAAUCGCCUUUGUGACAGGUUUGAGAGGGGUAGACUAUGCUCGGUAUUUGAACGGGUUCCAUUUUGUUAAUCACAUCCAAACAAGAUACAGAGCUGGCACAACAGUAGGGUUCCUUAAGUUAAUCGAGCAAUGUAAAAACUCGAUGAGGUGAGGAGUGAUAGACCCUAUUGAGAAUUUUGAGGAUGCGUUUAUUGAAGGUUAUUGCUUAGAUAACGUUGGUGAUCUUUGGACUUUCCUCAAUCGUCCAAACGAGGGAAUAUGGAUCUACAGGAAGAGGCUUCCGGCUCUUGUAAAGAUACUUUUCUAUAAGAAUGUUGUUGUCAACUUGUUGCCUUUUAAAGAGUUCCUACUUGGAAUGGAUCCUGAAGAGGAUUAUUGGCUUAAAGACUUAGAACUUUUAAAUGAAAAUAUCUCUGUUUCAGGCAUUGACGAAGAAAAUGAAGGGAGUGAUUACUCUUCUGAGAUUGACUCAAAUUCAAAUAAAUACGAGAGCCAAAGUGAAGGACUCUCUGAAUCCAAUUCUGAUGGCUCAGACCAGAAUCAGUCAGAUGAUUCUGAAGAAAAUAAGGAUCCAGAAAAGAGUCACUGCAUCAAUCCUGCAAAAGAGAUGAAUCCACAUCUACCCCUUAUGUACCAGAGGAAUACUAAAAUGCUGCAUGAUCUAGCCCGUGAGCUAAAGAACCAGACAAUUUUUAAACAAGUUGAAGAAUAUCGUGGGGCUGAAUCUAUCGGAAAGUCAAGACCUAGGUCGAAUUCAAUGCCACGGUUCUUGAAAUCAAGCAACGGGAAGAGAGAAGAGUCAAAGGAAGAGUCCAAGUAUUAUGGUACAGAUAACAUUAGGGUAGAUGAGACCAAGUAUAUCGCCUACCAUAUCCUUAUCACUUUAUGAAAGGGGCACUUUGUGUGCUUGAUCAACUCUCGUGAAGCAGAGGAGUAUUUAUCUAAAUUGAAAGACAGAUCAAGCAAAGAAAGAGGAAGAAGUAAAUCUAGAAGAGAUCGCUCUAAGUCUCCACAAAAUUCGCCUGAAAGAUUUCCUCAAUCUCUUAAAGAUCCGAAGAUUAGAUCUCUCAAUGCAAGGAUGAAGUCUAUUUGUAAGGUCAUGGUACAAGAGAUGUGCUUCCAUAUGAACAACAAGAUUAGAGGAUGCUUUGAGCUGAUGAGGUUUUACUUUGUCAUUGAUACGAAUCUCAACCCUGUUCUGAAGGAGAUUUCCUGUAAUCUUGACGAAGAGAGAUUAGCUAGCAGUUAUAGAGCCAAAGUAGUCAAAGCUUCAAUCUUGUUCGUGAUCAGCCUUGCCAUGAAGGAAAGAGGAACGAGAGGAGUGGGUGUUAGGAAGAACUGUGGGAUUAGGGAUGUGAUUAGUGAUGUCAAGAAGCAGUGAGAGGAAGCGAAGGAUUUUGAGUGUUUGAUUGGGGGUUAAGGAAGUUGAGGC